AUGGCUGUAACGAUUGCGAACCAUAUUCCCGAAAUCUCGCCGCAAACACUCAUGUGGAAGGGGCCAAUUACAAACGACAAAUUGUUGCCCAUAGCAGCAGGAUCUUCCACCGAUGUAUUUGAAUUCGACGAACCAGGAAAGACGGAAGGGAGAUCGUCAUCUGUGGUGCUUGUGAAAUACCUAAACUCACAGGACUCGGGGAGGCUCGGCACGCGCCCCCAGUCUUUUUCUGUGUUGAAGCUCCAGUCUAAGCGUUAUGCUACUCCGGCGGCCCGAACCUCGCACAAAGGCUUGCAAGAGUGUUAUCAUGAGACACUCCUCGGCUCGAAGCCUCAUGAUCAGCAGAAAGUCGAGGCUCGCAUGAGUAUGACGGAUCAGAUGCUGGUUUUCAUUCGGCCGAUCAAAAGAAGGUCUGAAAUUGUGCAUCAUGGGAUCUUCGGAGCCGCCAACCCUCGUACCCUAGAACGUGGUCAACGUUGUAACGUUAGCCAGCGUCUCGUUUCGCGACACCUCGUGAUUCCCAGUUGUUUGGAAGGGCAAUUCGUAAAGACACAUCAAACUUUCGGGCUACGAGUGAUUGGGAUCCCUGAGGUCGUGUCCAUCCCAGCAGGCAAGCUAUAA